AUGGACACAGUAAUUUCUCUAUCUGAUGUUCCAUCAUUAUUAAGGAAACUCGGCUCAUGGGAGAAAGUAGAAGAACUAUGUGGCGAGAAAGCUGUCAAUUUAGCCAAAAUUAUCGGAUCAAACGUAAAUAUUGCGGAUGGUUUUGUUAUUACAGAUGCAGCAUAUCAAAAAUACGUCGAAAAUGGAAACAAAUUACCCGAUUCAGUCUGGGAUGAGAUCUUAAAGCAUCUUCAUUCGCUUGAACAAAGAGUCGCCAAAUUCUUUGGUCAGAAGAGACCUCUUUUCUUAACAGCAACAGGCCCAUCACCAUUACCAGGCAUCGAUGGUAUCGGAAUGAAUGACUUUACUGCAAAUGAAUUAGCAACUUCUUCAACAUUACGCGAUUUACCUUAUCAGCUCUAUCCACGCUUAAUUUCAUCACUUGCCUCUAUCGCAUACGGAAUUGAUCGUGAUGAGUUCUCGUAUAUUUUCGAUCAAUUAUUGGAUUACACUGGCUCAAUCCACGUCACCAACUUCAAACCAUACGAUUGGAUCCAUCUCACAAAGAUCUACAAAUCAAUUGUCGUACGUAAAACCGGAAAAGUCUUCCCACAGAACGUUUUAGACCAACUCAAGCUUGCAAUUGAAGCCAUUCUUAAGGAAUACACAAUACUCGAGACCAAGUUCUCAUCCGGAUUCUCAAUCUUCAUACAACAGCACGUUUUCGGAGACUACGACGCAAAUUCAUACAGUGCUAUCCUUACGAACUACGAUUCAGAGACCGGCAAGAAAGGUAUUUCAGGCCAGUUCUGCAAGCAGAGUUCUCUUGAUGAUAUAGAGAACGGAUACAGACCACUUUCUCCAGGAUCCGAAGUUGAUAAGACCGGAUCAGAGAUUGUUUCCCGCAUUGACUCCAGAAUCGACUUCCCCUUCGUCGUCGGCGUCGUCAACCGCGCAAACAAAGUGUUUGUGACCCACAUUCACAAAGCCAUUUUCGGCGAUGAGCGACCAUUCAACAUCGUCAACGAGUCAAUCAAGGGUGGAAUGGGCAAGAAAGAGGCCAUCAACCUUAUUGACGCGAUUUCGAUUUCGAAUGCGAAUAAAAAUAAGCUUGUCGAAGCUCCAAGCGAAGCCUUAGCCAAAGGAGCCGAAGGAUCACUCGGUGCAGCAUCAGGACCAAUUGUUUUCUCCAACGCUAAGUGCAUAGAGCGUGCUAAAAACGGAGAAAACGUCAUUUUGGUCAAAUCCCAAAUUACCGGUGCAGACAUUGCCGCCGUUGCCGCCUCUUCCGGUGUUAUUUCCCUUCACGGCGCAGAGUUCUCCAACGCCGCCUUCAUUGCACGCAGUCUCUGCAAGCCAGGCGUCUUCGGAAUCGAAGGAUCAAUCAUCGACCACGAAGAAAACUGUUUGAAGAUUUCCGACAUCGCGCUGAAGGAAGGAGAAGUCGUAACAAUCGCUGGAGGCUUCUUGUACCAGAACGCUGUCCCUCUCACACCGAAACUCUCAGAGCAGAACAUCUUGGACGUAUUGAAUGUCGCAGAUGAAAUCAGAAAAGAUAAAUUUUCUGUCACUUCACUUUGUUCGAAUUCUGAUGACGUCAAGAAGAGUCUUUCUCUUGGAGCAGCCUCUCUCGGCAUUCUCUGCAUGGACUCCAUCAUUCUCAACAACGCGAAGGAGCUGAUCAUCAAAUUGGUUGAUAACCAAAAUGAUGAAUCAAUUUCAAAGGAAAUUUCUGACAAAAUCACUCCGAUUAUUGCUGAUGCGAUCAAAGCAAAUGACAAAUCUACAUCGACUGUGAGAUUGUUGUCAUUGGCUCUUGGCGCUUUUCUUCCUUCUUUGAAGGAGUUAACAGCGGAUAUCGCGAAACUCAGAGUGAUGAAAGAAAACAACAAAGAUUUCGAUGAAGAAAAAGAAAAACAACUCCAGGAGAAGGAGAAACUCAUCGAAAAGACAAGAAAACACAAUGAAAGUAACCCGUUGAUGGGUACAAGAGGUGCAAGACUCCUUUUGACAGUUAAACCUCUCUUAGAUUGUUUGGUAAAUUCAAUUUUAUCUGCUGUCAAAACCGCUGGCAAAAACAGUGUCAGAAUUUUGAUUCCAUUAGUUACAAAAGCCAAAGAAGUCCGCCGCUUGAAAGAGCAGAUCCGGGAGCUUGCAAAGGCUCAGGAAGUUGAAGUGGAAGUUGGUUCUUCAAUGGAAUGCGCAAGAAGCUGUUUGACAAGCGACAAAAUUUCUGAAUUUUCUGACUUUGUUUAUAUUGAUGUCGAAGGAUUGACACAGACUUUGUUUGGUAUGUAUAGAGAGGACGCACAGCACUCUUUCAUGACAGAAUACAAUGCAUGGAAUAUACUGAAGGCGAACCCGUUCCAGGUGUUCGAUGAACAAGGUGUUGGAGAUAUAAUUAGGAAGUCAUGCGAGAAAUCAUCGAAGAAAAUUGUUGUUUGCGGAAAACAGGUAGCUUCUCAACAGGCAAUCAAGUUCUUGGCUGGUGUUGGAGUUGCUGGUGUUGUCUGCGAAUCAGAUGAAAUUCCAUUGGCUAGAUUGGCUGCUGGACAAUUCUGCUCGAACUAA